GUGUGUCCUGCCGCCCCGCCCCCAGCAUGCGCACUGUGAGUGUGGAAUGGCUUCCUAAACAGGAAGGGAAGAGCUGCGGAUGUAGUUGAUUCCGGCCUUCACCUCUGCUUAGGAGGGUUUAGUGAUCAUCAUCAUCAUCAUGAUGCCCGGGGAGACUCAUUCCAAGCCAGCUGGCAUUGCCUCUGAGGCAACAGGAACCUGUCAGAAUUGUACUGCCAUGCAACAGAAUUUAAAUGAAUAUGUAGCAGCUUUGAUUGUUCUCAAGCAAAAGAUAAUUGAUUCAGAUCACUUGCUGGCAGAAUAUCAACAGAAGUGUGAUGAGCUUCAGUUUACAGAAAGAGAGAACGACACCCUAAGAUGUCAACUGGAACAAAUGUUGCAAACAAUUACACCUCAAGAAAAAAACCUGGAAGAGUUGAAAUACCUAAAAGCAGAGUUAGAAGAGAAGACGUCUUCUCUCAAGAUUUACCAGCAAACACAACUGGAAUAUAACCGCAUCAAAGAAGAAUGUGUGAAAAAUGAUGUAGCAAAAAAGAAACUGGAAGCAAAGUUAAAGAAAGUGGAAGAUUCUGCUGUAAAUCAAAUGAAGGAAUUCAAAAAGCUAAAGUUGGAAAAGAAGAGACUUGAGAAACAAUUGCAUAAAAUGCAGAAAAAGAUCAGCGUUUUUCAGAAAGGAAAGAGCAAAAAAGAAAUGAAAAAUGCACAAACCCAGAUUGGAAGUGAAACCCCUGUUGUAAAGCUGGACACACAAAAAAUUAAGCUGCUUCUUGAACAACUAUGGGAUUGUAUUGAUUCUUCAACAGAAAAAAGCCAUAUUGAGCUACAGACUUUAGAUGCUCAUCAACACAGAGCCAGAGAGCACAAAGUCAGAGAGAUACUUGACCAGUUUAGAGCACGUAUUGGUGAAACUACAAAAAAGUGCUUUAAAGAAGUGAAGACUAAUCUAGCUGUAAUUCCUGGAGGUCUUACCAGCCAAUUGCAACCUCUCGACGUUUCCAUCAGCAAACCAUUUAAGGUCUUUAUGCGAGAAGAGCGCAUCAAGUGGAUGGCUGCUGGUAAUCCUGAUCUGAUACCUAUUGGGCGAAUGAAGAGGCCCACUAUCACUCAAAAGGCAAGAGCUGGAUAUCUAUAUGCACAAGCUGGUUACAGGGGUACGUCCUUUUAUGACUACAACCAGUCAUUCUCCGCUAGGGCGUCUGCAGCUCUGGCCCAGUACAACGUCAGCACGGGUUGGAGCCAACUGGACACAGCUUUUUUGCAGACACUUAUGGUAAAGACUCCAGCUUGUACAUUUUGCUCUUCUGACGCACAUUCUGCCAAUUUCUCACCAGUUUCACCUGACUUCACCCCCAGGAUACACCUGGAUUCUGUGACCAUGGAAGCUAGCCUUCCACAGGAGAAAGUCACUAGCAUCCGCCACGAUAUCAACCAUAACAUGCUUACUGGCUCCUGUAACCGGAAAGAAUUGCAGUUGUUGUUAGGCUUCCUGAACUUAGCUAUGAGAGUCAUCCUUCAGGAAAAGAAUGGAAAAAGACAUCUGAAUGUGAAGAAUUUGGAUGAUAGUUCAGUGCCUCCUAGCCACAGCAGUCCUCUGGCGUUAAAUCAGAUGCACCUGAAUCCAAUACAAUUACCUGUUACCCAAACUUUACACACACCUGAAGUAUGUCAAAAGGAGAGUAAACGUUCAGUGGAAGCUGUUGUGGACUGCAAUGGUGAUAGUGCCUUUUAUGAAGAUAAAACGACAGACUUUGUUACUAGAGAUCUUAUUGAUGAAUAUUCAAGUCCUGAUCACAUUCGUUACACCAGUGAAUUACUACAAAUGCUUCAGUGGGUCAAACCUCUUCCAGCCCUUUUGUCUCCUAUACACUUUUAUCCUUCAAUCACACAGGAUUUAUUUGGAGAGUUGACAGAGUCCAGUGAUGGAGACGAACGUGCCUGUGCAGAGUCAUUCUUAAAUCCCAUAGAAUGUCUGAAAUCAGAUGAAAUUCCAGCCAGUGUUAAAGAUCAGAUAUGCUCUGUGCCCUUAAAUUUGCCUGUUUUUGAUAAAAGUGCUGACAUUUAUUUUGAUUCUAAGAGAAGUAAAGAAAAACAUGAAGUUGCUGUUAUAGAGAGUUUGAAAGACAAAACAGACUCAGACUUUGAGAGUUCCAACCACGUUCCUAUCACUGCUGAAGUACAGGAAACAUUUAGUUGCCAUCAACAUUUGCAGUGUCCAGACAAUUUUGAAAUACCUGCAUUGAUUAAGGAAACGUGUAUGCAAUCCUGUGGCCUAGGUCAAGACUACCCGUUAAGGGCAUCUGCAGUGAGUGAAGUUGAACAUACAGACAGCAGUGAAGUGUCUGUUGAAAUGGAUUUGACUGUUCAGGAAGAUCUCUCAAAUACAGUACAGGAAGCAAAGGACACAAUUAAAAAUCAUGUGGAUUUCCCAUGCACUAUGUCCUCCGGUUUACUUGCAUCAAAUAAUUCCAGAACAUCAUCUGCAAGCAAGUAUGAUGCUGAAAUGCCAAAAAAUGUUGGUUGUCUACAGAAGAGCCAUUUUGAUGAGGUAGAGGGUUUAGUUGAUGGAGCAAACUUAAUGGAUAUUCCGGAAGACAUAACUUUGGAGGAACAUUCCAGUGUAACUAAAUUAAAAGACCAUUCUAACAAUCCCCACAUGCAGGAGUCACACAGAUCAACUGCCUGUGAAAAUACAGGCCUAACUAACACUGGAAAAACUCCAUCUGAAAUGGAAACUUAUGGAAAUAAAGAACACGCACAUACUGAAGAUAUAAAACCUUGUGAAUCUGUAAAAAAGUGUUCAGAGAGCAAAGAUGAACUGGUUUUAAAUGGUCAUUUUGCUAGUGGUAAUGUAACGAACUUGUUCAAAGAUUCUCUAGAACAGUUUGACAACUCUGCAGUUCUGCCGGUGUGUCUGUCAGUGAAUAAUAAAGAUCAAGAUCCUGUACAUUUGAAUUCAACAGAAGCAAAAGAUAAUUUGGAACCGGUGAUUUUACCAAAACAGAGUUCUGCCAUAUUGCCAAUUGCUAAUCAAGAGCUAAACACUGGCAUCUUUAAUAAAGGUUACAAACCUGAAGACAAGAGUAAAGUGGCAUCAAGAGAGAAGAGUGAUGCAGUGAAAGCUGACUUCACAAGCAGCAGCAAGUGCGAUAGCUUGAAUGUGGAAAGCAAUGGAAGCAAGAUUACUGAGGAAUUAAAAAUAAACACAAAAGAAUUAGAGGGCUUAACUAAACCUGAAAAUGAACAGUGUAAACAAUCUGGUUAUAAUUUGUUACCGAAAAUUGAAAGACCUCUUUCUAAAAUAACUUUGCAAGAACUAGGCGAUCUUAAGAAUCAUCAUCCACAGACCCAGGAUGAUUUUUCUGAUAUAAAGCUGCAUACAGAACAAAACGGGAAAAUGGUUGACAUAUUGAAUUUCAUUAAUUCAUCACUUACUGGAAUCCUAUCCGAGAUGUCCAUAAACCCCAACAAAAAAUCACAGGGGCUUAUUGCUGCUAGUAUGAACAAUGUAAUACAGCAAAAGGAAAGCAAUGUAAAAUUAAAAGAAAAUGACAAACUCAAGACUUCUCUUACAUUUUCAAAUACACCCAGUAUUGCCACAGUGGAAAAGGACAUAAAAGUAACAGCAGAUGACAUUUGUAAGGAAAGGAAGGAGAGUGUUUGCAAACCUACAUCUCAUGUUCUUGAAACGGUUAAUAUUUCAUUAGGAAAUGACUGUAAGGUUAAAUUGUGUUCACAAGUUAAUGUCUUUCAAAAUCAACCAGAAUCUUUAAACAUGAACGUUGAAUGCACAAGGAAGGCAAAUACUUUGCGAUCUGUUAAAGGUGUUGAUUCUAAUAACAAGCUAAUUUUGAAAGACACUUCUAUGAAAGCAGUGCUUUCUGUUGCUAGCGAUCAUGUUUCAAAGUUAGCGGCCCUUGAAUCCAUUAGUACACUAAAGGCUGAUCCAAAGAAUAAUGUAAUGAAUUCUUAUGUAAGCAACUCCAAUAAAAGUCCUAAAGCGUCUCCUGAUGAAUUGGAUUCUGAUAUUUCAACAGGAAAAGUUUAUCUUCAUGUACAUACCAGUUGUGAACCAGUUGUGAAAAAGAUAAGCACCGUACUAUGCCCCUUGGAAGAAAAUCAAUUGAAAGUAAAUCCUGAUAUUAAAUUGAAAUAUUUAGAAGGCAGCCAAAUAAGUCAAACUACCAAAGGUAAUUUAAACAUCCAAGAUACAAAUACAUGCCUUGCAAGUGAUGAUGAUGAAUCAGAUGAUGAUGUUCUUGUGCGUAAAGUCAGCUUCAAAAAUAUUUGCUCAACCAAUCUCUCUAAAACCAGCAUUGAAAUGAAUUCAUGUACUGUUGUAGAUGAUCAUACUGAUAACAACCAUCCGAGUGGAUACGAAAAUCAGUCAAAGAUAUUUGAAGCUGAUAAAUUAGUGGAUUACUUGAAAAAAGGAGCUGACUUAGACAAAGGUACACCAAGUAAGAGUAUUCUGAGAGAGGCAUUCAUUCCCCCUGUGUUUUGUAGUUCAAAUAUACAAUCCAAUGAAGAGUGUGUGAGUAAUCCAAAUCAAAACCGAAUAAAAGAACCCAAGUUUCCUGCAGCAAGUCCUACUCCUGAGAUGCUGAAACCAGAUGCUAUUGAACUUAAAGUUAGCACAUUUGUACAGCUAGGUAAUUCAAUCCCUGCACCUUUAUCUAAAGACUUGAUAGAUGGUGAAAGCACUGUUUCCAAGAAAUCAGAAGCAAAAUGUUUUAAUGCAUCUUCUUGCAAAUUACAAACUCCAAGUGCUAAUCUUGCUGGACAGUGCACUACAGAUGCAGAAAAUUGUAGAAAAAAUAUUCCUGGUAAAAACCUCAUAUGGAAUUUUGAUAGGUCAGAUUUUGGUUGUGAAACAGUUUACAUUCCUUUAAAGCAUCAUAACACAAAUAUGGAAAGAAAGUCUAUUAGUUCAAGAUCUAGCUCACAAGAACAGUGUAGUAUAAAUACACAAUCAGAUUCAAAGCAUCUUAAUAUUUUGACACAAUCUGUCCCUGAGACUCUAGCAAGUACAACAGAAAACUGUCCCUCACACAGAAUUUCAAAUGGUAGAUCUCAUUCACAAAAUGCUUCUGUAGGACAAACCAUUUUGGCUAAUGCAGAUACAUCCACCAAAACCGAUCUUUCACCUGAAAUGUUAAAUAAGGUGAGGUUUGAAAUGGGUCCACCACUUCCACCAUUACUGGGCCCUUUGCUACCAACUCCUCCUAGAAGCUUAAAACCAUUAUCCCCUGGGUUUUCCUCCUCAAGUCGUUCAUCCUUGCCAUCUCCUCUUGAUGACUUUAUUUCCCCUUUGCGGGCAACUCCUAUUCCUCCACUCGUGUCUCCUUUAUCUGAUAACCGUAGACGCAAAUCACCUAUUUUUACUACACCGUCCCCUUCAGAGAAAGAAGACAGUAGGAUUUUGUCUUCACCUUUGCAGUUUUGUGCAGCUACCCCAAAACAUGCACUUCCUGUCCCAGGCAGGUUGCCACCUUCUGCAGCUGGAGGUUCAAUAUCCAGUGUUCAAGAGAACUCUGUAAAAAUCUUGGAUACCAUGUAUCCAGAGUUGUCUGCCCGGGCAAGAACAUUGAACAUUCUUAAAGGUAAUGUUCAACUCAACAGGUGUUUACCUGGAGAUUGCAAAAGUGUGCCUGUGAACCAGAUAACUGGGUUCAAAGCAAUUACAUCCAGUUCAACAGCAUUCAUUAAAACUGGAAGCAACUCUAAAACGAAUGGCAAAGACAAACAACGUGCUAGUGAAAGUCCUCAACUGUCUUGUAAUAAAAGAACUACUGCUUGUGUUCCAAUGCCAAAAAGUGCCAAACGUUUGCGUCUUGACAGCGAAUCUCCUGGCACAGAAAGUAUUAAAGACUGUUUCCCAAUUCCAGCAAAUAAGGUUCCAGUAGGAAAAAAACAAGUAGAGUCUUUCAACAUUGGCUAUUGUAAUUCUAAGUCACAAAAAGAAACCGCAAAGGACCAGCAAGUUGAUGAUGCUGUGUCGAACGCCCUCAAGAAAAUAGAGGAAUUGUGCUUUGAUCUUUUUCCUGUGAUCCGGAGUCAUGUGUUUGUGGGGACUAUUCCCAACAUACCAGUGAUGAGAAAUGAGGAAAAGGAAGUAAUCUAUGAAUUCAGCAGAACUAGAAAGCAUUUGUCAGACCUUUUACUACAUGCUAUUUUAAAGACACUGAAGGCUGAGAAGGCUUCUUUAGACAGCAAAUAUCUUCAAGCUUUUUGCAGAGUUUAUGUUGGAUUAUGCCGUCAGCUUGGUGAUAUGGAAAAAGCCCGUGUCCUGUGUUACAGCAUACUUAAAGAAGAUUUUCAAGAGCCAGACAAAUUGCUCCUGUUUAUUAUAAGUACAUGGAAUGAUAUGUUUUCUUUACCUGGAAUAAUCAACAAAGCUGUGCAGGCACUUCUUAAACAACUGGCAAAAGACGAAGUUUUCAUUUGUCUUAGUGCUUACCUAAACUGGGAAAAGAAUCCUCCCAUGCCUGUGGCAACUAUUUUGUCCAGUGUUCUGAUGGCUAUACAACUUUGUCCUGAUGUCAAAUUUCAAGCAAGCAAGGAAUUUGGAGAAGAUCUGACUGAGCCCAUCUGGGAGUAUGUGUUUGCCGUAGAUCUGUUGUGCUGUCACAGUAAAUGGAUGUGGACACAUGAUCAAGUUAUACGAAAAGAACUCUGGCCUGUUCUGGAUAGGUAUGUGAAAUACAAGAAAGGUCGUGUGACAAUCCCAUGUGUCCCGGACAUCAUUGUUGCUACUGUGCUUCGACUUAUUGGCCGUUUGUGUCAGAUUGGCUUGAAAGAAGGGUAUGUCACGACUGUGAAAAACAUUGCUUCUGUUAUUAUCGCCUUUAUUCAACAUGCAAAAGAAGAAGAUAUACCCUGGGGUGUUCAGUUGGCUUCUGUGUACAUGCUUUGUGAUGUCGCCCCAAGUGACCCUGCUGUCAUAUACAAGACACUACAAUCAUGGAGAGAGACAACCACCAAUGACAUGCCGCCUGCCAUCACAAAGAGCCUAGCACAGGUUGCAUCUCUGUGCAAAUAAAAGGAAUCUUUAUUUUCGUAUUGUUCACCAAAGUGCAAAUGGUACCUAAUCUGCGGGUUCUGUUGUACAAAUGGAUAUAAGUGCCUUCAUUGCUUGUUUUGUUUUUGGAUGAGGGGGGUUGUUUUUUUUUGUUUGUUUUUGUUUUUUAUGUUUGCACCUUUUUGCAGUACAAGGAAAAGAGCCAUUAACUGGUUAUACAAUUUUACUACUUUAGCACACACUUCAGGGCUACAUUGUAAAUGUGUAAAUUGUAAUAUGUCUUGUAAAUGUUUUGUAGAAUAAUUUGUGUUAAAAUUAUUUCCUAAGAGUUCCUUACCAGAAGCAGGGUAGGUUCUUGUGUUGAAAAGGGAAUCCAUAGAAGGUUGUUUUUGACAUCUGUUAUUAACAAUAUGAUCUUUCAGUUUACUUCUUAUAGAAUAUAUCUGUAGAUUAUGGUUGUUGAAAACUCCUGAUAGAGACACUAUAUAUUUUUCUGUGUAUUUUUAUUUCUUCCUUACAUUGGGUAUAUGCUUGUUUAGUGACUUCAUAAUCACAUUUUGAAUGGCAAGCAGUUUCAGAAGAAAAGGACUAACAAAGUCUCUGAUUCUGCAAUUGGGGACAAUUAAUUGAAUAUUCUUUGAUCCUGAUUUUUUUAGCUACAGGCCUUAACUGAUGUAUUUUCACUUGGUGCAAGCUUUUUCUAAAUGUAAACACAGAACAAAGAUUGUUAUUCUACAAAACUUUUAUAUAUAUAUUAAGCUAGAGCUGAGAGAACAAAAAAAUGAACGUUCUAUAUAAGAGUUUAACCAUAACAGAUAUGAGCCUUGUAGAGACGUACAACCAAAAGGGAUAGGAACAAAGCCGCUAAUAAAUGCAACUUAACAUUUACUCAGAUAUUCAAAGCUGAUCAGAGCACCCCCAACCCACUCCCUCCCUGUAAUUAAAAUACAAUCCGUACAAACAAAUGUAUAG